AUGGCCCCCAAGAAAGUGGAAGCCAAGAAGCCGGCGGAGGCCAAGAAGCCAGCGGAGGCCAAGAAAGACGAGAAUGCCGCGCUGCCACCCAAAGCUCCAGAAGCCGAAGCGAAAGCGUGCGAGGUGGACCUGAAGAGUGUGGUGGUGGAGUUCAGCGCAGAGCAGAUGGACGAGUUCCGUGACGCCUUCACGCUGUUUGACGAGACGCCGGCAGGCGAGAUGAAGAUCACGUACGCGCAGUGCGGCGACGUGAUGCGAGCGCUGGGCCACAACCCGACCAACGACGACGUCCUGAAGCUGCUGGGGCGGCCCAAAGCCGAGGAGAUGCACGCCAAACUGCUGGACUUUGAUGCCUUCCUGCCCAUGCUGCAGCACGUGGCUCGCACCAAGGGCCACGGACACUUCGAGGACUUUGUGGAGGGGCUCAGGGUGUUCGACAAGGAGGGCAACGGCACCGUCAUGGGGGCCGAGCUGCGCCACGUCCUGUCCACCCUGGGGGAGAAGAUGACAGAGGACGAGGUGGACCGGCUCAUGGCCGGACAGGAGGACACCAACGGGCAUGUCAACUACACCGACUUCGUCAAACACAUCAUGGCUGGAUGA